AUGUUGGGACUGGCAAUCGCUGGGCUCGGCUAUGGCCUCCUUACCCUGGCCCAAAAUUCCACGGUGACGAACCCAAUACUGCCUGGGUUCUACCCCGAUCCAAGUUGCAUUUUUGUGCCGGAAUUGGACGAUACUUUCUUCUGUGCUUCGUCAAGCUUCCGUGCUUUUCCCGGUGUUCCUAUCACGGCCAGCCGAGACUUGCAGUCUUGGGCAUUGAUAAGCCAUGCCUUCAACCGCCCUGAACAGCUCCCUGUGUUUGCGGGCCUGCAUGGCUCAGCCGGUGGGAUCUGGGCCCCGACCCUUCGUUACAGGAAUGGAACAUUCUACAUUGUGUCUACCUGUGUAAACGAUGACAUCCCGUCAAACGAUACAUCGCGCUGGACCAAUUUCAUCGUUUCCACCACCAACCUUACUGCUCCGAAUGCCUAUAUCAGCUGGGCGAUGCUCUGGAAUGUACGCUCCGGGAUUAAGCAAGCCACCAUCGAUAUCAAGACCGGGGAAAUUGGUCAGCCGGUGAAUAUUUGGAAUGGCACCGGGGGGUUGGCGCCCGAGGGGCCUCACACCUACAAGAAAGACGGAUUCUAUUAUCUUCUCAUCGCUGAGGGCGGUACGGGACUUGACCAUAGUGCUACGAUUGCGCGGUCCCGGUCUAUUAAUGGGCAAUAUGACUCGAAUCCAGCGAAUCCGAUUCUGACCAAUGCGAAUACUACCGAGUAUUUCCAGGCGGUAGCACACGCCGACUUGUUCCAGGAUGGCACUGGAAAUUGGUGGGGGGUUGCGCUUUCCAUGCGCCUCGACCUCCAAGCCAGGACGGCUCCUAUGGGCCGCGAGACGGUCCUUUAUCCCGUUACGUGGAAGCAAGGGCAGUGGCCUGUUAUAAGCCAGGUCAAGGGCCGUAUAUCUAGCUGGCCACUCCCACAGAACUCCUCCAACAAAGCGAUUCCAGGGUUAUCUGUAACAGACUCCGAGGAUAUUGACUUCCUCGAGGAACCUGAAAUCCCGCCCAACUUCCUUUAUUAUGGAGUACCGGAUAACAUCUCGUACGAAUUCUCAAAGGGAGGACUUUGUCUUACGCCGUCGUCAACCGGGAACACGUCCACUGACAAUGUAACACGGAUACUACGGCGGCAGAGUCACUCACUCUUUACCUACAGUGUUGACGUGGACUGGUCACCAACGAGACUGGGAGAUGAAAGCGGUGUCACCAUUUUCAUCGACACUGACAAUCACCUCGAUCUAGGAAUAGUGCAGCUACCGGGAAGUAACGAAACAGCAACUACCUAUCUCCGGUUUCAGGGUAAAGGUGCCUUGACGGCACCGCAGCCUACGAUAGCGGACGUUGCAUCGGAGUGGAAGAGCGGGUCAAUCACGCUGGAAAUCAAAGCGUUCAACGCUACACAUCUUGCGUUCUCCGCCGGACCAGCGGCGCAUGAAUCGCAAUUAAAAACAAUUGCCGUGGCGCCAUCAGGCCUGAUCCAGCCGAUUUUCACAGGUGCUUCUCUGGGCGUGUAUACAACAGUGAAUGACUCUGCGAGCCAUGCAGAAGCUUGCUUCACCCCGUGGAGGUAUAACGGAGAUGGCCAGUUUCAUACCUAG